GCCUGCCCGCUGCCCUCCUGGCUGCUGCCGCUGGCAGCCGGCGGGGCAGGAGCGAUGCUGCUCCUCCGGCGGAGCUCCGGGGCUGAGCGCAGAGAGAUGCACUGGCCACAGCCUGCGUUGAAGCCUCGCAGGAUGGUGCAGGACCUUCGUGUGUAACCCCCCGGGCUCCAAGCAGUGCUGCCGGGCCCCAGGCCCCUCUGGAGAUGAAUCUUUGCUGGAACGAGAUAAAAAAAAAAUCCCACAGCCUUCGGGCUCGGCUGGAGGCCUUCUCUGACCACAGUGGGAAGCUGCAGGUGCCUCUCCAGGAGAUCAUCGACUGGCUGGGGCAGAAGGAUGAGGAGCUGUCGGCACAGCUGCCCCUGCGGGGUGAUGUCCUCCUGGUGCAGCAGGAGAAGGAGACACACGCGGCUUUCAUGGAAGAAGUGAAGUCUCGGGGACCAUACAUUUACUCUGUCCUGGAGUCAGCACAGGCUUUCCUUUCCCAGCACCCAUUUGAGGAAUUAGAAGAACCAACUUUGGAAAGCAAAGAUGUGUCUCCCCGGCACCGGAUCCAGAACAUCAGCCGCUUUGUCUGGAAGCAGGCCAACGUGGCCAGUGAGCUGUGGGAGAAGCUCACGGCCCGGUGCGUGGACCAGCACCGCCACAUUGAACGGACCCUGGAGCAGCUGCUGGAGAUUAAAGGGGCUAUGGAAGAGCUCAGCACGACCCUGGACCAGGCUGAAAGUGUGCGGGAGACCUGGGAACCCAUCGGGGACCUCUUCAUUGACUCCUUGCCAGAGCACAUCCAGUCAACCAAGCUGUUCAAGGAGGAGCUCUCCCCCAUGAAGGAUGGGGUGAAAGUGGUCAAUGAUCUUGCACACCAGCUUGCCAUCUCAGAUGUCCACCUGUGCAUGGAGAAUUCCCGCACCCUGGAGCAGAUCAACACCCGCUGGAAACAGCUGCAGGCCUCCAUAAAUGAACGCCUGAAGCAGCUCCAAGAUGCCCACCGUGACUUCGGACCAGGCUCCCAGCACUUCCUCUCCUCCUCUGUCCAGGUCCCCUGGGAGCGAGCCAUUUCCCCCAACAAAGUGCCAUACUACAUCAACCACCAGGCCCAGACGACGUGCUGGGACCACCCAAAGAUGACAGAGUUGUACCAGACGCUGGCGGAUUUGAACAACAUCAAGUUCUCGGCAUAUCGGACGGCCAUGAAACUCCGGCGGGUGCAAAAAGCCCUUCGAUUGGACAUGGUCACCCUGGCCACGGCUUUGGAAAUCUUUAAUGAGCACGACCUGCAGCCCGGUGACCGGGCAAUGGACGUGGUGGAGGUCAUCCACUGCCUGACCGCCCUCUACGAGCGGCUGGAGGAGGAGCGGGGCAUCCUGGUGAACGUGCCCCUCUGCGUGGACAUGAGCCUCAACUGGCUGCUGAACGUCUUUGACAGUGGCCGCAGCGGGAAGAUGAGAGCUCUCUCCUUCAAGACGGGCAUCGCGUGUCUGUGCGGGACAGAGGUCAAGGAGAAGUUCCAGUAUCUCUUCAGCCAAGUGGCGAACGCCGGGGGACUGUGUGACCAGCGGCACCUCGGCGUCCUGCUCCACGAGGCCAUCCAGGUCCCACGACAGCUGGGGGAGGUGGCAGCUUUUGGGGGCAGCAACGUGGAGCCCAGCAUCCGCAGCUGCUUCCGCUUCAGCAAUGGGAAGUCUGCCAUUGAGGCAUCCCAGUUCCUGGAGUGGGCCAACCUGGAGCCACAGUCCAUGGUGUGGCUGGCGGUGCUGCACCGGGUGACCAUGGCCGAGCAGGUGAAGCACCAGACCAAGUGCUCCGUGUGCCGGCAGUGCCCCAUCAAGGGAUUCAGGUAUCGGAGCCUGAAGCAGUUCAAUGUGGAUAUCUGCCAGACCUGCUUCCUCACCGGGCGAGCCAGCAAGGGCAACAAGCUGCACUACCCCAUCAUGGAGUACUACACCCCGACCACAUCCAGUGAGAACAUGAGGGACUUUGCCACGACACUGAAGAACAAGUUUCGCUCCAAGCAGUACUUCAGCAAGCACCCACAGAGGGGUUACCUGCCCGUCCAGUCUGUGCUCGAGGCUGACUUCUCUGAGACCCCAGCCUCCUCCCCGAUGUUACCACACGCCGACACACACUCCCGGAUCGAGCACUUUGCCAGCAGGCUUGCAGAGAUGGAAAGCCAGAAUUGUUCCUUCUUCAGUGAUAGCCUGUCCCCUGAUGACAGCCUGGAUGAGGACCAGUACCUGCUGCGCCAUUCCAGCCCCAUCACCGACAGAGAGCCUGGGGGCAGCCAGCAGGUUCCAGGAAGCCUCAACAUGGAUGACAAGGGAGAGCUGGAAAGAGUCCUGGCCCACUUAGAGGAUGAAAACAGGAUCCUCCAGGGAGAGCUGAGACGUUUGAAAUGGCAGCAUGAUGAGGCAGUGGAGUCUCCAACCUUGGCUACAGGCUCUCCUGAAUCAGUGCAAGACCCGCGUAACGACGAGCUCCUGGCAGAAGCACGAAUCCUCCGGCAGCACAAGAGCCGCCUGGAGACACGGAUGCAGAUCCUGGAGGACCACAACAAGCAGCUGGAGUCACAGCUGCACAGGCUGAGGGAGCUACUGCUGCAGCCUCCAGCAGAGUCAGAAGGCAAUGGUUCAGCAGCCUCGUCCUUGGCUUCAUCUCCACAUCAGUCAGAAGGCAGCCAGGCAAAGGAGAGAGAGCACAACACUCCUGACACUGAAACUGCAGACGAGGUGGAAGCCAAAACCCAGGAAGUCAGCAUGUGCCUGGAAGACAUAAUGGAGAAGCUGCGGAGCGCCUUCCCCAACUCUCGAGGUACUUGAGUGAAAUCCUCCUCUCUUACUGCUCCCUCAGGUGAGGUUUUCCCCACAGAGCCCUGCCCUGGUCCCAGCUUCCCUGCGACAGCUGAUGACCCACAGUGCUUCAGCCAAGAGCUUUGCUGCUGCAGUGCUGCUGGGACAGGAGCGUGGCCUGGGAACGGAGGAGG